UAUAUGUUAUCUACAUAUACAUACAUAUAAUGCAUACAUGUAAUAUGAAUGCAUUACAAUAAAUUAGAUCAUUAGGUCACAUCAUACUCACAUCAUGUGUCGCAUUGUACUGUCGCUUUAGGUGACACAAAUAUGUUAAACAUUUAGUGCGAAACGAGGCAAUUAAAAUAUUAGACUAUGAUUAUGUACAGAAUGUCAACGAUAUAAAAUAGUUAGACAUCAUUCCUUGACAGUGAGGACUCGAAGAAACAUAUAAAAAUAUCAUUAGUACACGUAGAUAUAUGUGAAAGUUAACAAUGAAUACUUUAGUGAUAGGAUUAAGCUUUUCGCUAAUAUGUUAUUUAAGCGGGCAUGAAGAAAAAAAACCAUAUUGGAGCAAAGAAACUAUGGAUUUAGAAGCAUUGCCGUUAGAAAAAUUAUUAGAAAUGAAAAAAGAACUUCGGAUAAAAGAUGAACGUUCGGUACGACGGACGGACGAUGAAGUGGCGGCGGCUACAGCGGAAGAAGACGCACCAAACGCCAUGGCCUUGCGCAGGACCACGGACGUUCUGCGCUCGUCGGCGGCCGGUGGUUCUAUGCAGACGGCUUUUCAGAUGUCCCUUACCGUCCUGUCGUUCCUAGCGUUCGGUGGCUACCUGAUCAGUCUGGUCGCGCAGAACAUGCGCAAACCGUCACCGUCGCUGGACGGCGCCACGGCACCGCACCCGCUCAAGACCGUGGUGGUCAACCGGAACAAACGGCCGGGCCUGUUGCUCAGACCGUCCGGCCCCACGACCACGGUCAGCUUCGGCCGGCGCAAGCGGAGCCGGAGGUUCCCACGAUCCACUGUGGUCUGUUCUGAGUAGCGUUUUUUUUAUAUUGAAUAUUAAAAAAAAAAAAAUAACGACUGACUUAAGUUUAUUAUUA